ACAAUACGAGACUGCAAACGACAAAUCGUCAUCUACGCCGAACAGCUUCAGUGUCAAGAUGACUGCUGCGAAGUGCCUCUCCAAUGAAGAGUGCAGCUGCAUGGCUCUCAGCUUUCUGGGUGACAGUCACCCUGUUCAGACAUAUGCAGGGAGUGCUGCGCCCGGGCCUGUGGCAGCCGGCUCCAUCAGACUGUACAGCAUGAGGUUCUGCCCCUUUGCUCAGAGGACCCGACUGGUGCUCAACGCCAAAAGGAUCAAGCACAACAUCGUCAACAUCAACCUGAAAGACAAACCUGAUUGGUUCCCGGAGAAAAUCCCCCUCGGCCAGGUACCCACCCUGGAGACGUCGGCGGGGGAGGUGAUACGCGAGUCUACCAUCACUUGUGAGUACUUGGACGAGGCGUAUCCCCAGAAGAAGCUGCUUCCUGACACUCCAUUCGGAAAAGCCCAGCAUAAAAUGCUGAUGGAGAAUUUUUCCAAGAUACCGCCAUUGACCUUCAAGAUCGUAAUGGGAAGACAGAAAGGCGAUGAUGUUUCUGGACUGCAUUCCGAAAUGAAAGACAAGUUCAACAACCUAAAGGAGGACCUGGUAAAGAAGAAGAGCAAGUUCUUCAGUGGCAAUACUGUUGGCAUGAGUGAUUUCAUGAUGUGGCCGUGGUUUGAGAGGCUGGAGGUCUUUGGAUUGAGCGACUACUUUGACGAUGCGCCUGAGCUGAAGGAGUGGAUGAAGCGCAUGUCUGAGGACCCUGUUGUCAAAGGUAGCGGGCACAGCGUGGACACCUACAGGGCCUUCUUUCAGAACUUCAAGGAUGGCAAACCCAACUACGACUAUGGCCUGUAGACAACAACAACCAAAACCUUUAACUGCCCAGCUGUGGUUUCUUUUAAAUAUCCAUUUUCCGCUGUGUCAUUACAAACUUUGUCAAUAUUGUUGCAUGAAACCCAUUGUUGGACAUUCCGCCAGUGUUUUAAGUUUGUGCAGUGGUUUUUCAGUAAAUAUUGGGGGGGGGGGGGGGGGGGGG